CCCUGCAUUUCCGACGUACUUUUAAAUCUCGCGCAUCGCGCGACCUCGUGUCCGUUCUAUCGGAGAAAAAUGGCGGUGUGGAGUAGCAUUUUGCGUGCCGCGAGGGAGAAGUUGCUGCAAAACAGCGUCUCUAGAUCGUCACUGGUGAAGACCACUGGGCAAGUAAGAUGCAUGUCGGAGGAACGCUUGUUUGUCAUAAAGCCGAGCAAUUUCCAGUGGCACAGAACAAAAGAUUACUUCCACUUUUACUUCUUGCUCGGAGCUAUUCCCGUUGUAAUUACGAUCACCCUGAUUAACGUGUUCAUUGGCCCUGCCACGCUCGAGCCCAUCCCUGAGGGUUACGUUCCGAAGGAAUGGGAGUAUCUUCAGCAUCCAAUUAAAAGAUUUCUUCAACGUUACUUCUUCCCGUCGCAACAGCAGGAAUAUGAGAAGUAUCUGCAUUUCAUGUAUCACGAGAACCAGCUUAGAAAAGUUAGGCUUCUUCAACAACAGGUGGACAUGGCGAUGGGUACCCAUCACGAUUACAGAGGCCCAUACUUCAAGGAGUUCUACGGCUCGAAAUAUCUGCACUUGUACAAAAAGUCUUUGGACGAGGCGACCGAUAAAUACUAAAAUUUAUUUCAUUCUGCUCACAACAAAUGUUUUUAAUUGGAAAGCACCAGUGGGAGUUAGAAGAAAUUACUUGAUAGGGAUGUAGAUACAUAGAUACCGUGCUCCAAGACUUGGUUGAUACGCUGCAAAGUAAACCCUGCGGUGUCAAAUCCGGUAAAUACACCGCAUUGUACAGUUAUUACAUAGUUAAUAAAGUCUUAAUUAAAAUUUUUCCUGGAUGAAAAUAGUGAUAUACCGAAUCAAGCUUUUCUUACAAUACAUUUAAUAACAAUUUCAUACAAUGCUGUUUUUUAUUAGAAGUGUGUUUUCACUUCCCGUGAAAAAAGCAUUACGCAUUAAAUUUGAAGAUUGUGUAGAAAUAUAUAUUUCUUUGUUCAUGCCUGCAUA